UUUGAACCAAGGCCUCGGCAAUGAGAAAGGAUAGAAAGGUCAAAUGUGACAAAUAUCUAGAAUUUAGGGUCAGUAAGACUAGGGCAAGGAUUGAAUGUGGUGGCCGAGGGAAAGGGAGAAGUGACUCCUAGGUUGUGACUGGGGUGGACCAAAGUAUAAUAAGGUCGAAGAGAAAGAUGAAAUCCCAAUUUGAGAGGCCUAAAGUUUGAGGUCCUGUGGGCCUUUCGUGGAUACAGUCCAUCUAGGGUGGGGGCAGAGAGGCGUUUCCGCUGCUCCUCCACCCCCACCUGGGCCUGAAGAGAUGCUGGGAGAAGGUUCGCGCAGGAAGUACAGGAAGUGAACUGUCCUCACUCUUGAGUCUCUUCAGCAGCAGCUGCAGGAAGAGCGUGGGGGGACCGCGACACAAAGAGUGCGCAGGCACCGCCUUCGUCAGUUCAGCCCCUUUAAGAAGCGCGCUCCCAGCUUCCAGCCCGCCUUGCAUGCAAAUUUAGCGGCGGGGCGGGAGCGCGCGAGUGAUACCCGGGGACAGGGCUGCGGCGGUUAGUCCUCUCCCGGCCGCCGUCGCCUCCGACAUAUUGCCCGCAGGAGCUGCGGCGGCGAAGCGGAGAGCGCCGGGGGGGAGGAGAUGGCCACACAGGAGGACGAAGAGGUCCCAACCGGACAUCUUACUGUCGAAAUCCACUCUGUGAGCCAGGAUCCUCAGGGGGCUCUGGUGGGGGCCACACUUCCAGUGCAUCAGUGACCAGUGUCCGUUCUCGAACCAGGAGCAGUUCUGGGACAGGGCUGUCCAGCCCCCCUCUGGCUACCCAGACGGUCGUGCCUCUACAGCAUUGCAAGAUCCCUGAGCUGCCAGUCCAGGCCAGCAUUCUGUUUGAGUUGCAGCUCUUCUUUUGCCAGCUAAUAGCCCUCUUCGUGCACUACAUCAACAUCUACAAGACAGUGUGGUGGUAUCCACCUUCCCACCCGCCCUCCCACACCUCCCUGAACUUCCACCUGAUCGACUUCAACUUGCUGAUGGUGACCACCAUUGUUCUGGGCCGCCGCUUCAUUGGGUCCAUCGUGAAGGAGGCUUCUCAGAGGGGGAAGGUCUCCCUCUUUCGAUCCAUCCUGCUGUUCCUCACCCGAUUCACCGUUCUCACGGCAACAGGCUGGAGCCUAUGCCGAUCCCUCAUCCACCUCUUCAGGACAUACUCCUUCCUGAACCUUCUGUUCCUCUGCUAUCCGUUUGGGAUGUAUAUUCCGUUCCUGCAGCUGAACUGUGAUCUCCGCAAGACAAGCCUGUUCGGCCACAUGGCCUCUGUGGGGCCCCGGGAGGCAGUCAGCGGCCUGGCGAAGAGCCGAGACUACCUAUUGACGCUGCGGGAGACAUGGAAGCAGCACACGAAACAGCUGUAUGGCCCGGACGCCAUGCCCACCCAUGCCUGCUGCCUGUCACCCAGCCUCAUCCGCAGUGAGGUAGAGUUCCUCAAGAUGGAUUUCAACUGGCGCAUGAAGGAAGUGCUGGUCAGCUCCAUGCUGAGUGCCUAUUAUGUGGCCUUUGUGCCUGUCUGGUUUGUGAAGAACACACAUUACUACGACAAGCGUUGGUCCUGUGAACUCUUCCUUCUGGUAUCCAUCAGCACCUCGGUGAUUCUCAUGCAGCACCUGCUGCCUGCCAACUACUGCGACCUCCUUCACAAGGCUGCCGCCCACCUGGGCUGCUGGCAGAAGGUGGACCCAGCGCUGUGCUCCAAUGUGCUCCAGCACCCGUGGACUGAAGAAUGCAUGUGGCCGCAGGGCGUGCUGGUGAAGCACAGCAAGAACGUCUACAAAGCAGUGGGCCACUACAAUGUGGCUAUCCCCUCUGACGUCUCCCACUUCCGGUUCCACUUCUUUUUCAGCAAACCCCUGCGGAUCCUCAACAUCCUUCUGCUGUUGGAGGGUGCUGUCAUUGUCUACCAGCUGUAUUCCUUAAUGUCCUCUGAAAAGUGGCACCAAACCAUCUCACUGGCCCUCAUCCUCUUCAGCAACUACUAUGCCUUCUUCAAACUGCUUCGGGACCGCCUGGUACUGGGCAAGGCCUAUUCGUACUCAGCCAGCCCUCAGAGAGACCUGGACCACCGGUUCUCCUGAGCCCCAGGAUGACCUCAGGGACAGCAUCCAAGCUUUGGCAAGGGGCUAUUGGGAAGGGGUGGGAGGGACAAAGAAAAAAAAAAAGACAAAAAAAUUCACCAGAGCUUUGUAUUUUUGUUACGUAUUGUUUCUUUGAUAAUUGAUGUGAUAAUGAGGAAAAACGUCCUAUUUUUAUACUCCCAA